UAGUUCCCUGAAAGAAAAUUAAAUAUCGUAGAGCGAAUUAUGUUGCCAGUUGGAGAGAACUUCUCAAGAGGGCAAAGGGUCGCGGGCUGAAAGUAAGAACUGCGAAGAACGAGCAACGUAUACGGCGAAAGAGAAGUAGGGGGGAGUGGGUAAUCUAUGGCGAAGACCGGUCUGGGCUGCGAGCCUGCAAUAGGUUCGUUGACGCCGUCGAAGAAGAGGGAGUACCGAGUCAGCAACCGACUCCACGAGGGCAAGCGCCCCCUUUACGCCAUCGCCUUCAACUUCGUCGACGCGCGAUACUACGACGUCUUCGCCACCGUCGGCGGUAAUCGAGUAACUGUUUAUCGAUGCCUUGAAGGGGGACUUAUCGCUGUGCUGCAAGCUUACAUUGAUGAAGAUAAGGAUGAGUCAUUCUACACUUUGAGUUGGGCAUGUGAUACUGAUGGAACUCCAUUAUUAGUGGCGGGUGGAUGCAAUGGUAUUAUCCGCAUCAUAAAUGCUGGUACAGAGAAGAUACAUAAGAGUUUUGUUGGUCACGGGGAUUCAGUAAAUGAAAUAAGGACUCAAUCACUGAAACCUUCACUUGUGGUAUCUGCUAGCAAGGAUGAAUCAGUGCGAUUGUGGAAUAUACACACUGGGAUUUGCAUUCUUAUUUUUGCAGGGGCUGGUGGCCACCGAAAUGAAGUUCUAAGUGUUGACUUCCAUCCAUCUGAUAUUUACCGCAUUGCAAGUUGUGGCAUGGACAACACUGUUAAAAUUUGGUCAAUGAAAGAGUUUUGGCAGUACGUUGAAAGGUCCUUUACAUGGACUGAUCUCCCAUCAAAAUUUCCUACAAAAUAUUGUUUAUAGCCUCAGUUCACUCCAACUAUGUCGAUUGCAAUAGAUGGCUUGGUGAUUUUAUACUAUCUAAGAGUGUCGACAACGAAAUUGUCCUUUGGGAGCCAAAAAUUAAGGAACAGAGCCCUGGGGAGGGAGCUGUUGAUAUUCUACAAAAGUAUCCUGUGCCAGAAUGUGAUAUCUGGUUCAUCAAGUUCUCAUGUGACUUCCAUUACAAUGCUGCUGCAAUAGGUAAUAGGGAAGGAAAGGUUUUCUUAUGGGAGCUACAAUCCAGCCCACCUGUUCUCAUUGCAAGGCUGUCACACGUUCACUGUAAAUCUCCAAUCAGACAGACUGCUGUGUCCUUUGAUGGAAGCACCAUUCUAAGUUGUUGUGAGGAUGGCUCGGUCUGGCGGUGGGAUGCAGUACAAUGAUGACGAAUGCUGGUAAAAUUUUGAUAGGGGUACUUUUGUUCAGUUAUUAUUAAGAUUUCAUUUGGGACGGUUUUUUUACUGCUUCUCAAAUCAGCUUUGUACUAAAAAAUUAUUUUGAAAAACAAUAAUAAAAUCAUUUCAAAUGAAGCCUCCUCUAUGUGCUUUCCCAAAUGAUUUAUUCUUUUUGGUAGACAUGUAUUGUAUGAAGACUGGUUUCUGAAUCUUGUAUAACUAUAAUGCAUUGGUAAGAGCUUUUUAGGGUCUUUUUUUUUC